GAGGCCUUGACGCCGCGUGACGCCAGCGGCUCGGCGCUAGAGAAAGCGCCAGCGGCGCCAGAGAAAGCGCCGGAGAAAGCGCGGGGGCAGCCGAGUCAGGCAACGACCAAAGGUUUAGCUGUUGCCAAAGAGGCCGGCACCAUCCGCAUGGACAGCGUCCCCGCGCACGCGGAGGAUGUGAAAGGAUUCGAUGGCGGCGUGCAACGGCCAAUGGGCGAAGAGCUGCCGAAAUCUGCAUCAGCGCCAGGGCUCACAGCUUUGCAAUUCAAGCGCGAGUUGGCCUUCAAAGAAGCCAUGGAUCGACAUAUCGCUGCCAUGGAGGCGCAUGCAGCCGAGGCAGUUGCCGAAAAAGAUGCCUGGGACUGCCAUGUGAACGAGUGCUUGCUCCAAGAACGGGAUGAGAUCCAAGCCAGGAAAGAGAGAAAUCACCUGAAUCUGCACUUCCUGAAGCAUCAGAUGGCUAUGGGUGAGCAAAAGCGCAAGGAACAGAGGAAAGAGGAUAUCGAGGCCGCCUCGGCGCACGACUUUCCUAGUUUCUCUGAAGUGCACCCGGAUGAGAUGAAGGACUUCAUUAAGGGCCAACAGGAGAAGGUGCGGCAGGCACUGGAUGAUCAGGUGAGAACGAACAACACCUUGCGGAACCUCGCGAAGCAGAAGGACCUAGCGCUGGAGCUAAGCCAGUUGCAGGCCAACCGAGAGGAGCUGGCCAUGCUGCGGAAAGCUGAUCGCGCGAAGAAGGCCUUCGAUCGCGAGUCCUUGGCGACGGCCUGGAAUGCAGAUAUUCGCAUGAAGAAUAUCUGGAAGGCCAUC